AUGCGUUUCGCAACUCUGUUGGUGCCAACACUGGCAUCCCUCGCCCUGGCGGCGCCCACAUACCCCACCCUCAACCUCAACUCAGCCCUGCCGGGAAACAUUGAGGACAUUUCCGAGUACUUCAACAUGCUCGCCACCAAGGUCCAGGCGCUCAAGUACCUGUCAGCCGAACCGGUCUGCGACCUGACCAAGGCCAAGAUGAUUUCUCCUGCCGAGGACCUCCCUCCACCGUCCGCGGGCUUGACUCUCAAGCACGUCGCCAUCGGCCGCGGCACCCAAAAUUACACAUGCGACACCAGCAACGCAACAGCUGUGCCCGUCGCCACUGGCGCCAAAGCCACGCUCUUCAACGCGAGCUGCGUGGCUGCCAUGUACCCCGACCUCCUCGAGAAGCUGCCCUCGGUCUCGAUGCAGUUCAACCUCACCGACAGUGACGACCAACAACGACUCGGCCCCAGCAGCCUUGCCGUCUCUGGACACCACAUCUUCCCCACCACCGGCGUCCCGUUCUUCCAGCUCGCGACCGAUGGAGUCGAGAUUGGCGACGCAUGGUGCGCAAAGAACUCUUCCAUUGCCGCGCCCACCAUGGCGGCCAAGGGCCAGCAAGGUGAGGGCGCCGUGCCGUGGCUGAAGCUUCUCACGACGGCGGGAAGCACCGGAAACCUUCAAGAGGUCUACCGCAUCACCACUGUUGGCGGCAGCGCUCCCGCUACUUGUCAAGGCCAGCCCGCCGCUUUCGAAGUUCAAUACGCUGCCGAGUACUGGUUUUACCAAGGCAAAGCGCCCGUCAAGUCCGCAGCCUAG